AUGGCUCGCGGCAACCGCGACCCCACUCCAUCCGAGUCCGACACUGAAGAUAGUCAAACACGAUUUGUACCGCGAGAUGAUGACCCCGAAAAGAUGUGGGAUGCGAUCGAGAUCUUGGAAGAGAGAGGGGACAAGUACAAGGUGCUGUGGGAUGGUUUUGAUUCCGACGGCGAGCCCUACGCGCCGACCUGGGAAUACAAGCGCGAUUGCAAUCCGGCGCUCAAGCGUACGUGGAAGUUGAAGCAAGAGGCGAAGAAGAACAGGAAGAAAAGCACUGCGAAGGGGAGGCAAUCGAAGGUCCGCAACGCUACUGCAUCGGCCAAGAGCAAGACGCGCUCGGAGAGUACAUCCACAGCGACCACGACGCGACAGACGCGUCGAAACGCGAAGGAUGCCACACCUUCGACGAGUGUUCGCCCACCCCCGCCCGCGCGCAGCCCCCGCGCCGAGCCCUCUCGUGCACCUCCACCUGUUCCGGGAACUUCAAAGCAGCGAAAGUCUGCCCGUGAAUCUCGCGAGGAUGAUGUCAACGGUGCUUCGGCAGAACCGGCGCGGCCCCGAAAGAGGCGAAAGGUAGAGGUCGAGAUCGUCAAGUCUUCGCCUGCGCGGCCUACGCCUCCCCCAGAGUCCAGCCACGAAGUUGUCGCUCGGAAGAAGUUUGGGAAGGUUGCUGUGAGCGCGGCGGAUGCGGAGGAGAAUGCGGACACCCCGCUCGCCGUCCGUAACGGUUCCGUGCGGCCCGCAGGAUCUUCGAAAGGCAAGGGCCGGGCUACAGAUAAUGUGGAAGGGGGCGAUGAACCUAUGUCCGUUGCUGUCCCCAUAUCGAAGGUUGGCCCUCCUCGACAUCUCAAGCGCGGUCGGCAGAGCAAGAGUCAUGAAAGCGUGCCUUCUCGGACGCACUCUGGAGGGGCUGCAGGUUCUGAUUCACCCGCUAUCAAGGGCCGCUCUCGACAAGAACCUCUCGAUCAGCAUCAAUCCGGGAGGUCCUCGUCUCGCAGUACCAAAGUGACCCCAAGCGGCUCGUCCUCGAAUUCGCGAGCUCGAAAGGCCGCCGACGCUUCGAACGCCGUCAGCGGACGAGCCACCAACCCAAAGGAGGUCGCAUCUUCACGCCGUAGCAAAUCGUCUACAUUGGCUCAGCUGGAAGAGGAAUCCGAAUCCGACGACGAGGAGCUCAUGAACCCUGCUUUCUUGAAGGCGCUUCAGAAGGCAAAAUCGCGGUCUGUUUCAGCUCAAAUCUCUCCCGAUACCAAACGUAUUCUCGCACAAGAAGAGGAGGAGAGCACCCAGGAGGCGACCAAUUGGAUUCCUCCCCCUCCACUUCCUGCUGUGCGACCCGUUAAACCGCCCCAGGCCGAACGACGGUCUGGUCGGAGCUCCAGCCACCCCCGUCAGGAGAAUGCUGAAGCCGGUCCGUCGAAGCCCUCUGGCAGGCCUGCUCUCCAAGGGCGCCCAUCUGCGAACGAUACCUUCAGCAGAGAGGGUAUCGUUCCAGAGACCCAGCCAUAUCCGGAUCCUGGCAGUGCUGAUCAUCGGAGGCAGCCCUCUCCCUCCGGCGAUGCAUUCGUCGUGGAUCAGAAUCCCCCAAGUACGCCUCCUCGCGCUCACUCCGAGCGACAGCCCAGCAACUCCCAAGUCACAUCGUCCGUGAAGGCGAAGAUGAAGCGCAAGCGCACGUCAACUAAGGAGCUUCGACCUGUACCUACCAUGUCACCAUCUGUCUUCCGCCCUCACCUUCCCUCCGCUGACGAUGAAGAGAUCGAGCAGUUCAGCUCUCCCGAGAAGGAUACACGUCGAAAGAAGCGGGCCCUCGAUAUUCCCACUCAAGACACCAUUGAGGAGGCUGAGUUUACUCAGCCCAUGGACUUAUUCAUGGACUGGGAUGGUGGCGAGCAACCUGCCGAUGAUCCGUUCGCCUCGGAAGAAGACGGACCCGAGCUUUCCUUGGGACCCGGUCUACCCCCACCUGAUGAGGAGGGUGGCUCCCGGCUGGCCAUGACGACUGUGUUGGCCAAGCACCCAGGAUCCCAACAGGGGCGCUCCACUGAGGCCGCAGAAUCUCCAGAGAUCCCGGUUUUGCAGGACCUGCCGGCCACGAGUACUACGCAACGAGCAGAAGCGGAUAGCCAGUCGCAGCUUUCUCUCAACGGUCAGAUCGCAGAGCUAAAUGCCAAGCUUGAGGAGAAGGACGAGCAGCUUACACAGCUCGAGCUCCAGUUGGAGGAGCUGCAGUCGCAUAUAGCAAAGUUGAAGGCCGAGCAGACGGAGGAGACUGCAACCCGCCAAGCGGAGCUCAAGGCGCUGGUGGAGGCGUCCGACGACAAGACGGAGCAGAUAUCACAGUUGGAGAGUCAAUUGGUCGAGCUCCAGCUGCAACUGACACAACAAGCGUCCGAUGCUGAUAAUGAAAGGGAACGCCAUGAGCUGGAGGUGCAAGAGCUUCGCGAGUCUCUCGAAGAACGCAACGAGCAAGUGUCGCAGCUUGAAUCUUCGCUGGUAGAGUUGCAGGAAGAGCUUGCUACGGCGGUAGCUGACAGCGAACGCCUCGCAGCUGCCGCGCAGGAAACCGCCACCGACGCAGACCACAAACACGCGGAGCAGAUAUUGGCGGCGCAGCAGCAAGUCACCACUCUAAAGCAGGAACUCACCGACGUCCGCGCACGCCUGCUGAAGGCGGAAGAGGAGUCAACUGUCCUGACAUCCCGCCUCGCAACGACCACGCAGGAGUGGGAGCGCCGCUUCAAGUACGCGGAAGACGACCGUGAUAUGUUCAAGAACCUGUACUCAGAGGCGUCUGGGCACGCCACGCGCCUCGCGGCGGAGAACGCGGCGCUCGAGGCGCGGGCGACCCUCGCGGAGGGCCAGGUGCGCGACGGGCUCGCGAUGAUCCGCGGGACGUUCGAAGGGCAGGCGCAAACGCUGCGCGCGGAGGCGGAGAAGUGGCGGGCGCUAUGUUCUGUGCUUACUGCGAAGGACGAACGCACUGAUGACGACGUGCGGCGGCGGGCGGCGGUCGAGCCGCGCCUGCGCGAGGAGAACGCGCGUCUGAAAGAGGACGCGGAGAUCGUGCGCGCGGACAUGGAGAAGAUGGCGGGCAUCAUCGCGCGGAUGACGGAGCAGCGGGAAAGGUCGGAGGAGGAUGCACAUGCGGACGCGGAUGUGGAGAUGGAUGAAGACGGAGAGGCGGACGCGGAAGACAGCAGUCCGUGGCAUGGGAAGGCGUUCCGCGUUCUGAAUGGCUGCCGUUCCUUCAGUCCUCGUGUAUCGCCUCGUGCAUCCCUCGAAUCGGGGGAGAUCGAAGAGGUCUUGUACGCUUGUCGGCACGUCCAGGACGGCCGGAUGUGCAACGAGCCAUUCACUACGCCGGAGGACGUGGCAGAACAUGCGCGGAAGGCCCACUAUCCCGACGUGUACACUGCAGCGUAG